AGUGGGAGGUGUGGCUGACAUGAUGGAGGGUCGACAGUGUCGAACCGGCGCGGACAGCACGAGAUCACCUGCAAGGCCGCCCCGCCAUGCAUCAAGCGACGACGCUCGUUUUGGUGGCCCUGGUGAUCUCUGCUGCCUCGGCCGCCACUAACAGCUCACUGGAGACACCACCGACAAAUGCCACGUCAGAAAACGUGACGGAGGCAGCGCAGGGGCGGCGCCAGGGCCGGCAGUUUGGGCGGCGCCUCAGCUCGCAGCUGCAGACCCAGCUGAGCCUGCGCUCACCCUCCCGCGGUCCCGUCUACACGGCCUCGCGCUCCGUCGUGGCCGUCAGCGCCCCCACUCUGCCGCCGCUGCGCCACAUAAGCCGCAUCUCGCAGCCAGUCGGACCGCCCGCACCUCUGCUGCAAGAGCUGGCGUUCGCCAAUGCGAAUGUGAACCCUCCCAGUCCCCCCGAGGUGGCGCCACCUGGACCCGUCCCGACAACAGCGCCACCUACGAUAUCGCCACCGGCGCCGCCACCCACAGAGGCGCCGAGCCAGGGCAACCUCCAGGCCUCGAACAUCCGCUGCUUGCAGAGCACCUCUCGGGAGCAGCUGACGGCGCGCCUGCGUCUGCGCCGCCCGCUGGUGGCGCCACCUGUGCUGGCGCUGCGGCCGGCUGUCAACCCGCUGACGUCAUCGGUGUGCACACUGACGUCGGCGGAGGAGGACCGGCUGCUGACGCUGAGCGUCACCAACCUGGAGGCCUGCGGCGUGGAGAGCUGCGUCCAGCCCAGCGGCGAGCGCUGGCUCUGCCUGACAAUCCGGUUCCCGGUGAUCGCCGGGAUUCGACUGCCCGAGGAUGACGUAAUCCAGAUCCAGUGCCGGCCUCAGGACCCCACGCAGACCCGCGGCAAACAGCUGGCCGUCCCGACCGUCGGCCUCGAGCUGCAGUCGCCGGCCCUGUUCAGCGGCGGCGAGCAGCAGUUUGAGUGCGAGAUCGCCCUGUUCCGGCGUACGCCCGGCACCGGCAUCUUCUCCACCGUGGUGCAGGCCGGCGACGCCGUCACGCUCGGGGAGGAGCUCCACCUGCGGGCCAUUAUCCGCAGCGACGAUGGCUGGAGGUUCAGCCGCCUGACGGACGUGCUUCUGCAGCGUGUGACCGCCGACGGCGUGGCCCAGACGGCCGACAGCGUAUCUCUCGUCCUCAGCAGCGGCUGUCGCAACCCGGAGUUCAAGAUCGUGGCGCCGGCCCAGCCGACUCGCCACCAGCAGAACCAGCUGAUCAGCAACUUCGCCUUCCGCGUGUUCGCCUUCCAGGGCAUGGGGUCCGGGGACCGGCUGCAGGUGUCGGCCGGCGUCACAGGCUGCGUCGAGGCCAUCGACUGUGCCCCGACGGCCUGUCCGGACGGAGGGCAGGGCUACGGGCGCCGCCGCCGCCGUGAGGCCCGGGUCAGCAACAGCACCGACUGGCGGCGUGACCUGGCCUUCAGCGUGCUGCUGCCGGACGUCCCACCAGCUGAAACGCCGCCGCGCGGACGUGCGCCGAAGCUUCAGUGCCGGCAGUCUCCGCUGCGCCUGCGCGCCACGUCGUGA